AUGUCGGCGUCUCGUUGGGAAGGUUAUCGUGAGUUGUUUUUUUUUUUAAUUUUGAAUUCAGGAUUUCGCGCCGAAAUCUACAGUACCCCUGAAAUUUUGUUUCAGAAACCGUAACCCAAUCCACCUUUUCCAACACCAACAAUCGUCAAUUCGACACCCAAACAAAUGUGAUGAAUCCGUCGAGUUUUGUGAGAAGCGGGCUUGUUGAGCAACAAGUCAACAGUAAGUUUUGGCGCCAAGUUUUGAUCUACAGUAUGCUUGGUAGUCUGCUGACACAUUUCUAGAAGCUUGGAAAUUUGCUGACGCUUUUCUAGAAGCUUGUAAAGUUGCUGACGCUUUUCUAGAAGCUUGGAAAUUUGCUGACGCUUUUCUAGAAGCUCGAAAAUUUGCUGACGCUUUUCUAGUAGCUUGUAAAUUUGCUGACGCUUUUCUGGAAGCUCGGAAAUUUGCUGACGCUUUUCUAGUAGCUUGUAAAGUUGCUGACGCAUCUCUAGAAGCUUUUUUGAUCUACCCCAUUUUCUUUUUGCAGCCAUCGAUCCCGCAUUUUACGACUGUAUCUACAGUAUCGCAAACACAGCGAAUACGGUAAUCGAGAGAUGUUAUAAGGAUAUUGGAUGCUGUGCGGAUGGUUGUUGUAAAAAUGGAUAUUGGUGGGUUUGAAGUCGGGGACUAGAAAUCCACCCGGGAAAACUAGUCCGCCUCAAUUUCUAGGCCUGCGUUUUUGUAGAAACGAUGUUUAGGGUAAAACAAUGUUUCAAGAUGGCCUAGGAUCCCCCAUGGCCGAACUUCCCGCAAAACUAGCCCCCGGGGUUUUCGACCCCGCGGAGCUCAAAGAGCCCACUAAAAUUGCUCAUUUUCUGCAGGCACAAUCGCUAUGGCUGGGCAGUCGCCUUGAUCGUCAUUUUCUGCGCAUUGGUCAUUGUUGCCUUCGUAAUUUGGCUCGUCGUUUGGCUUUUCAAUCGUUCCAAAGACAAGCAACAGAAACGCGAGUUGUACGAACAAUCGAUGGCUUAUGAGGAGAAUAAUCACUACAGUACUUCGGUAGGAGAAUUUGAUCUACUGAAACUUUUUGAAUUUAAAAAUUUGGCAGCAGAAAUCCAUGUGGAAUGUUUUCGCGCAAAAUUUGAAUUUCCAAAAUUUUCAAAAAAUCGAUAUUUGGCGCCAAACUCAAAUAUUUACACAUAACCCCGGAAGUGACUAAAUGAUGCAACACUUUCUUCAUUUUUUCUGAGAAAAUGAGCAAAUAUUUGGCGAUUUCUUAACUUUUCUCUUAUUUUUUUUAAGCAAAAAAACCAGAUUUACUGGUUUUUCAACUGAAAAUUAAAAAAAAAAUUGUAGGGCCGGGGAGGAAUCGAACCCCUGACCCUGUUCUCGGUCAUUUCAAAAAAAUGUAUUUUAUUCAAAGUCUCCAAGAGCUGCACAACUCUAUAAAAAUCGUAGAAACAAGCCUCCCUGGCCUAGAAUCCAACGUGACCGAACUCUCCCAAAAACUAGUCCCCGGUCAAUUUUCAGCCGAAAAAUCUGAAAUUUUUGCAGCUUCCGACACCACUUCCAACUCCAACUCACUAUCCCGAACAAUUUUCGUACGAUCCGGCUCGCGACCGCGAUAAUUACCGAUAUUAA